AUGAGAUUCAGAUUCAAGCUUACCCCCACCAACCUCAACCUUUCCUUCCUCGCCGAUCCCCAGGACGUCGCUGGCUCCGUGCAUUUCAACGUUCUGCAAACUCCUCAACGCCAGGAGUUUCAGUUCAUGUACGACAGCAACGUCUCCUUCUCCUCCUCUACAGUCCCCAACGCUGAAGUCGACUCGGACUACAACGACAGCACCUACGCCGACUACGCCUUUCCUUCGUCAUCUUUCGAGGUACCCACCGACAACAGUAUCUCCGAGGAAAUCACCGGCCAGCCUGACGCGUCCGAGCCCACUAUCAGCAACGAAUACCGUGCUAGCUACGGCAGCACCCACGUCGGCCAUUCCGACAAUCUUGAGACGAUCGACUCUGCUCAGUCGAUUGCUCAGAUCGAACCCGAGCCGCAGAGCGCGACUAGCUCUGACGAUUCCAGCUCCCCGUCGGAGCAGUCUGCCCAUGAGAACGACGACCCUGCAGAGCUUGAGCCCGCGACGCUCGCUACUGCCACGCCGCCCGCCGCCGAUCUUACCGUCAGACAGCCGUCCCCCGAGAUCAGCAGCCGUACUCUUACUGCUCGCGAGAUCAUCCUAGCAAUGAUCGGUCACCAUUCGGUGACUCGCGACGCGUGCCUCGGAAACGGCACGCAAGCUCUCACUCCCGGACAAGCGGCCGGUCGUCUCAUCCUGGAUCUGAUUCAGCCUUCCAAACUCACCCCCGGACAAGCGGCCGGUCGCCUCAUCCUCGAUUUGAUCAAGCCCAAAUCGAGCAUCGAUCGCGAAACUCUAGACAUUGUCAAGAAUCGUGUUAGCAGCGUAUCUUCGGAUCCAGCCAUCGUGGGUUUUGCUCGCGCCCACGAGGCAGAGUCUGAGCAGCCAGCGGGCAGCUCCUCUACUUUGACGCAAGAGAACGAUUCAUCUUCUGAGAUACUCAUCCAGAAACACAGAUCCGCUAGUGCUCCCAUUCAUCCGUCCGCUCCCGUUCGCCACUUCUACCGCUUCUCGAGCUUCGCGAUCAACUGCACCGAUGCUAUCGACUACUUUGCGUGCAAGGCGCCGCACAGCGCUACUCCCAACAACGACGCUCAAACUCACUGCUCUGUAGCAGCAGCGUCGCAGCCGGCUGAGAUCAAAGUCGAUCACCAGCCUAAGUCUUCUAAGCGCGUGAAGAAGAGCUAUGGCGAGAUCGAGAGCAGCAUUGCCGCGACUACGACGGAGGAAGACUCUACUUCUCAGCCAGAGUUUGAUCCUCACUCUGAUCUCCCGACCGAUCACGUCCACUCGCUCGUCCAGAAGUUCGAAGCACAGCAAGCUACGAUCCCCGAUCCCAAGUUUCUCCACUCCAAGUUCUACCAUUCUCGUAUCUCUAGCAGAUCGACUUGGUCUGGGAGCCGGGAGAACGUGGUAGACGGCCGUUCUCAAGAGGCUAGCGAGCCUAAUGAGCCUGAGAAGGCCGAUGAGCCGGAACCAAUCGCCGAUGGACCAUCUGAAGCUAUCCAGGAGGAUCACCUUUCUGGCUCUGCGCCGGUCUCGACUGGUAUGCAGCUGGUAUUGCGACAUGAAGUCCGCACGGACAACAGCAUGGGAAGUCUUAAUCCUUGGAGCUACGAAUACUUGAGGUCUGUACGCCGCCGCGAGUUCACUCCAUUGCAGAUCCAGCCUCGUGUUGUGGUGCCGGACGACCAGGACAACAGUGCACCUGUAUUCCGUCGAAUAGUGCUUCCUGGUUGGGUAGCGCGUGCUCUCCAGCCUUCGAUCUGGCUGUUAAUCACCCGCGAGCUUGCCCUAUCUGUUCGAGGUCCUCUUGAUCUGCUGGCGCCGCCAGAGUUGUCUUCCAGUCGCGAGCUCGUGCUUCAUCGCUCUUCGUCAAGACAGACUCCGCCCGCGCUUCUUCCGGCACCCGAACCGGUAUCUGACCGUCAGCUUGUGCUCUACAGACAGAGCAUCUUCGAAGCCGCUCUCCUGUCUUCGCCAGAGCCGGUCAGAGACCGCGGAUUUGUGCUCUACCGAGCACUGACGGUGAAGCGGGGCUUGCUCACCCUUCCCGCACCAUUUGAAACGCACGACAGAGAGCUAGAGCAAGAGAAGGCUAUCGCCGCGGCCGCACCCACGACUAGUGGUGCGAGUCAUAUCGAUACGCGACCUUCCCUUACGCUGAAUACAGAGCUUGCUAUCUCGAGUAUGGAGGACAGUAGCCCGGCUACUGAGUCUUCUUCUUUGGAGCCAUUGCCCUUCUCUAGUCCAUCUCUUCCAGCCUCAUCGCCAGCCUCUUCGGUGCCUUCGCCUAACACAGUCCUCGAGAAGCCUGAGCCCUUCUCCAAGGACGGCACGGAGGAGACUGCGUCUCACGACGAUGAAAUGGAUUAUGAGAUGGACUACUCCCCUGAGAUCUCCGAUGAGAUCGAAUAUAGGGGGGAGGGCGAUAGCUUGAUUCAUUCGAACUAUCCCUCCGACUGGAACUUUCCCGAUUACGAGCAAGUUCUUGACGGACCCGAUGGUUCGCACUACCAGAUUUCUGAUAUGGAGCCGGUCGUGUCUAUCUUUUUGAUUGACGAGUCUACCAUUCCGUGGUAAAGCGGCUCUAGUGGUGAGAUGGGGGUAUAACUACUGAUUCCACGCACACUGCUUUCCAGGAGCAACUGAUCUUCAGCAUUCAUCACAUCGCAUACAACAUUGCAUAUACCACUGCAUUCGCAUACAACAUCGCAUUCGCAUACCACUUUGGACAAAUCGCAUACAACAUUGCAUACAACAUCGCAUUUGCUGGUAUUCGCACACAACAUCGUAUUCGCAU